GUCUUCUUCCUACCUAUUCCUCCCCCUCCAGUCCGGGUACUGGGCCAGUCCAUCAGAUUGGCCCUCGGGUGACUCUUCCGACUGCGGGCACAACAGUGCAUGACACUACUCACUCGAUCACAGACCAAGGCCAUGGACCGGAAGGCGGGAGAAUCCCUCCUGGCCUAUGAGGAACGCCUGGCAGCAUUCAUUCAGGAGGCCAACGAUAGGGCCGCCGCCGCGGCCAAGGAACGUAAACGGCUCGAACAAGAGGAGGAGGCCAAGCGACAGAAGGAGGAACAGGACCGACUUCGUCAAUUAGAGGCAGACCUGCAGGCGGCAGCCGAACACCGGUCACGCCAGCGGGAACGACUGUUCACGCGGGAGACUGUGAUCGGCGAUGAGGCCGCACAUUGGGUGGAAGUGACAUCUGCAGACGGGGCCCCCGAGACUGAGAAAGGGCUGUCAGCCCUUGCGCAGGUCUCCCACGACCUCGUGGCCACCUGCGCUCUGCAGCAGGAGGAAAUCCUUCACCUGCAGCAGAUAGUGGACCAGAUGCUCGCACGGCUGCAGGCGUUGGAAAAACAGCCAGCUGCUGUAGCAGCCGCAGGGCCUUCCACCCUUACCACCCGUAUGCAAGUUUUGGAGGAUGACAUCAGCAACAUCAAGCGUGUGCAUCAGGACUUCCGGACGUCGCAGCAAGCAACGAACUUGCAGUUGGAGACGCAGGUCCAGGCUGCUGCCACCGUGACGCCCGCCGCCGCAUCCUCCCRGCGCCCACCCAAGCUGGAUGACAUUCCCGUCUUCUGCGAUCASUCCAAGACGGAACCGAUCCCGUGGUGGCGCCAGUUUACUCUCAGGCUCCACAUGCACCAUGUCCCGAACAACGAUCGACAUCCGUGCUUGUACCACCGAUCUGGUGGUGCGUGUCAAGCAUGGCUGGACAACAUCUUGACCAGCCACGGCGUAGCAGUGUCGGAACUGCAUGCCAAGCUCACUUGGCAGGAGUUGACCGACGCCUGGCACAAGCGAUUCCAAGUGGAGCCGCCCGACCUGCAAGCGAUGGACAAGCUCAACAAGCUCCAUCACAACACGCUGCUCAGUCAGGACUGGAUUACUGAGUUCCAAAGACUCGCCUCCACACCUGACCUGCCGCUCGCAUUCCGCGCCAUCAAGCACUUGUUUAUCAUGCGCUCGUGUCCAACUCUGCAAAACGCGCUGACGCAGAUUGCAGAGACACUCGACACAUCUGACAAGCUUUUCAGCACAACGUCACGGAUCAUUCUCACGAAUAUCGAAGUCUGCAACGCCGGCCGAUCUUCCGCGACGACGAGCGGCACCCAGCCCAAGCCAAAGGCUUACAACUCAUCGAUCCACCCGGCUAUCGGGAUAUCGUCGUUCGAGUUUGAGCAUGGUUCACCCAUCUCAUCGCCGUUGGACGCUACUUCGCCGCGCACAGCCGAGAGCGACGAUCAUCUUGCGUUCCUUCGUCGCAUGCAAGAGCUUCUUGUCAAGGCACGGGAUCAGAUGUCGAAGACGCAAAUACGGAUGAGCCGUCAAGCCAACCGCAAUCGCCUUCCUUGCCCAUUCCGCGUCGGCGAUCUGGUUUGGGUCUCCGUAGCGGAGUUCAGCCUUGAGCAAGACAUCUCUCGCAAGCUCCUUCCCAAGUGGAUGGGGCCUUGGAGCAUUUUCUCUGCAGCUGGUGAUGAUCCCGAGGGGCCCUCAUUCCGCAUCGCGGUGCCACCUCACUUGCCCGUCCACACGGUGUUUCACUGUUCCAAACUCGCUCCUUUUGUUUCAGCGGAGUCCGACGAGUUUCCCGGUCGACGUACGCAAGACCCUCCUUCCGUGGACGGACCUCAGGAGGCCGGCUACAUCAUCACCGAUCGGCGCCAUGGCAACAAAGAAACAGAGUUUCUACUUCACUUUUCCUACUGCAGCCACAAGGCUGACCGUUGGCAGCCCCCGUCGUUCUCUCACGCUAUCUUAGCAAAGGGAAGACUACGCAGAGCACUCCAGCUCCUCGCCAUCCUCGCUACAUUCCGCCAUCGGAUCGGCAGCUUCGCCCGCGCCCCGGCUCGUCUUCAUAAGGAGGGGGGCGUGUUAUCUGCUGAAAGCCUACACACGGGCCCCUCACAGGACCCGAGGUUGGAAUAGGGCCCCCAGGUCGUGUCACCGCAACCU